AUGGAACGAAAGACUCACCAGGCAAACAGGUUAUAUAGGUCGUAUACUCCUCAAUCAGAACCCGUACUCAUCAAUCGGAUUCCAAUGCAAAUUUGCACGCUGACCCUCGCACCCGCUUUCUGGCCUGCUGUUAUAUACCUGACAUUGAAGCAUAAACAUUAUUCGCUUAUACGGGCGAAAUGGUAUCCCUAUAUAUUUGCCACCUGUGAUAUCAUCUCUCUGGUUUUUCAAGGUGCUGGCGGUGGCAUUUCAGCUACAGCCAAGACAGCUAGCAAUAUCGACAUUGGCAGCGAUAUCAUGAUAGCUGGAAUUGUCUGGCAGGUGAUCACUCUGACGGUCUUUGGACUGACGUCGGCCCACUUCCUUUUGCGCAUCAAAGGUGCCCCGAAAGAGGAGUUGACUUUUGAGGCUCAGAGGGUUUGGAAAAGUCAGAAGUACUGGUCAUUCUUCUGGGGCACGACUAUUGCAUUUGCUACUACUUAUAUCCGUUGUGUCUACCGUGUUGUAGAGAUGGCCGAGGUGCAAAAAGAAACUCUCCCUCGGGGAAUCGAACCCCGGUCUCCCGCGCUUAUCGGUUUUAAUGACAAGCGGAAAUCAUCACCACUAGACCAAGGAAGAUUGAAUGACCGAGUUACUGCUCGCCCACUUGGCUGGUUGAUGUAA